AUGUUUGGUGAUAUUUAUAAAUCCUUAUCAGUCAAAGAUAGAAAAAUUGCCAAAAAAUACGUGCAAUUUUGUAUUAGAGGAAAGUUGGAACGAACAGUACCCGUUUUAUUGUCAAACGAAAAAACAAAUGUACCAAAAAAAAAUCCUUUUAUUUUUGGAUUACCUGGUUUCGAUAAAAAAAAAUAUCGAUAUCUGAGAGCAUGUGUUUUAAUGCGGAAAUUUGCACGUCCAUGUAACGCAAGAAUCAAUUUGUGUGCAAUAAGUGAAAGUGUACAACAAGAAAACAUAGCGACACAUUGUAUUCAGUUCAAUCUGAAUGAUACUGAAGUUUCGGAUCUUGCAACGUUUAUGAGUCAUGCGGAUAAAAUACAUAAGGAGCACUAUAGGCAACCACAA